AUGAGGGGCUAUGAGGGACGCCAGGGAGGAGAGGAGGGCGAGGGUGAGUGGCAGGUGAGCGAGACAGGGAAGAGCAGAGCAGCAGUGCAGGGCGGCAGGGAGGUCAGCUCAGGUGUGCUGUGGCCCGCCGAGCAGGAAGCAAGUAAGAGGGGGCAAUCGGCGUCAGUGGCGGCAGUGAGUGUGCUGAUCCUGCAUAGCGGGCAGGCGGGGCACUCACGGAGCAGGCGGGGCACUCACGGAGCAGGCGGGGCACUCACGGAGCAGGCGGGGCACUCACGGAGCAGGCGGGGCACUCACGGAGCAGGCGGGGCACUCACGGAGCAGGCGGGGCACUCACGGGGCAGGCGGGGCACUCACGGAGCAGGCGGGGCACUCACGGAGCAGGCGGGGCACUCACGGAGCAGGCGGGGCACUCACGGAGCAGGCGGGGCACUCACGGAGCAGGCGGGGCACUCACGGAGCAGGCGGGGCACUCACGGAGCAGGCGGGGCACUCACGGAGCAGGCGGGGCACUCACGGAGCAGGCGGGGCACUCACGGAGCAGGCGGGGCACUCACGGAGCAGGCGGGGCACUCACGGAGCAGGCGGGGCACUCACGGAGCAGGCGGGGCACUCACGGAGCAGGCGGGGCACUCACGGAGCAGGCGGCCCUGCAGCACGACAGCAGCGUGCUGGUUGAUGUCGCGGAAUAUCGUGCGCCUCAUGCGCACCUGCCCCCCCGCCCCCGCACCGCUACUGCCUGCAGCAGCCGCACCACCAGCGCUGCCACUCCUGCUCAACUGCCCACCCCCGCCUGUACCCUCCUGCCCUGCUGCGCCCUCCUUCUCGCCCUCCCCCUCCCCCUCGCCCUCCACAGCGGGUGACUCCUUGCGGCCAUCCCUGAGAAUGCCGUGGCCCUGA